UGGGGCUCCCCACAAGCUGUUCUUCCCCAUGGCAUCACCAUGCAUCCAAGAGGGGGCAACUUUAAGAGGUCAAAAAUGCCCUUUUGAAAUGCCAGGAAAGUUUUUCUACAUACAUGUAACCUAAAAAUAGGGCUCGGGUGUGCAUUUCCCAGCAGGGUCCUCUGGGCAUUUAGCAGCAGUGAGAUCUGAGCUCUUGUUAUGGACAUUUUGAUGGUGCCCAACUUGCACUCAGGACUGGGAACAUCACACUGGGAUGUCACUGCUGUGGUAGCUGCAAGCUGAAAUAAGUGAGAACUGGAGCUGGUCAUCAUCCAUUCCCAUCCCAUUCCAUUCCCAUCCCCUUCCCCUCCGUUCCCACACCCCCAUACUGGGCUGGGAGGAAACUUGGGACUUGGGGCUUUGGUGUAGGGCAGCCACAAGGGGACGUAGAAUCACUGCUUCACCUCACAGCUUGGGUGAACACGGGAGUCUGGCUCCUGUGGGGUAUGAGGAUGUCCUGUGCUCAGUGGGGACAUGGACACACAAGGAAGGAGAUGCUGUUUCCUAAGCAUCCCUGUGGCUCAGUGCAGGGAUAAGGCAGACCAACGUAUUAUUUCUUCCUCUGGCUGCACUCCCCUGUUUCCCCACUCACAUCCGUCCUCCCAGCUGCGGAAGCCUUUUUUUUUGCCUAGAAAAGCUGCAUUUGAAGGUUUUUUGCUGUUCUCUCCGCUUCCUGUUGCCGUCCCAAGAACAACAGCCCUGACCUCAUCCUGGCGAUGUGCGGGGCCGCCCUGGGCUCAGCCCUAUGGGGGUCCCCAGCCGAGCACAGCUGCAUGAAUCACAGCUUUUUGGAUUAUUUGGGGCAGUUCCUGCGCUCAUUUUUAUGGAGGGCAUUGCCAUCUGGAGAGUCCGGGACUGACCAGGCGCUGGUUUAUGCACUAACCAUGGCGUUUUCCAAUUCAUCUGACUACUCUGAUGAUUCUGAUAUCUAUGACUACUUGGAUUACACCUACGAAGAGCCAGGCAGCGUGUGGACAGGCCCUUCCUAUGACCCAAAGGACAUUGCAAGGAUCCUCUCUGUUGUCAUCUACAGCGUGUCCUGCGUGCUGGGCAUCCUGGGGAAUGGCCUUGUCAUAGCCAUCAUCACUCUGAAGAUGAAGAAGUCAGUCAAUGCCAUUUGGUUCCUCAACCUGGCCGUCGCUGACUUCCUCUUCAACAUCUUCCUUCCCAUAAACAUUGCGUACACGGCCAUGCGCUACAACUGGAUCUUUGGGACCGUCAUGUGCAAGCUGAACUCCUUCCUCCUCAUCCUCAACAUGUACACCAGUGUCUUUCUGCUCACCACCAUCAGCUUUGAUCGCUACGUGUCGGUGGUUUUCCCCGUCUGGUCUCAAAACCAUCGGUCCACCAACCUGGCAUGUAUGGUUUGCCUGAUCAUCUGGAUGGUUGGUAUCAUCAUGAGCUGCCCUUCUCUUGUCUUCCGAGAUACAGCACAAGCCCGCAACUCUAUCAUUUGUUUCAGCAACUUCUCCCUGUCCAGAAAUAGGUCUUACCAAGCACUGGCAUUAGUGAGACACCGAACGGUGAACAUCACCAGGCUCUUUGCUGGAUUCCUCUUGCCCAUCUCUAUCAUCACCUUCUGCUACAUCUCCAUUGCCUUCAGCCUGCGGCGAAACCGCCUUGCCAAGUCCAAGAAGCCCUUCAAGAUCAUUGUCACCAUCAUUGUCACCUUCUUUCUGUGCUGGAGCCCCUACCACCUGCUGAACAUCCUGGAAACAGAGCCCGACCUGAUCCCACGCUCUGUGUUUGAGAUUGGCAUCCCCAUCACCACGGCACUUGCUGCCUCCAACAGCUGCAUGAACCCUGUCCUCUAUGUCUUCAUGGGCCAGGACUUCAAGAAGUUCAAGGUGACCAUCCUUUCCAGGCUGGUGAAUGCACUCAGUGAGGAGACUGGCCACUCCAGCAUCGUGCACAGAAGCUUCUCCAAGAUGUCUUCAAUGACAGAAAAGGAGACAACUGUCCUCUAAGCCUGGAUGCUCAUGGGUUGGCUGCAGUCCUCCAGGUCCACCCAUGUCUAGCACCAUGAUGGAAUGGGCAUGGUCUCACACAAACAGUGCAUACUUGGACUGAUUGCAUUGCCUAGGCAUGGAGACCUCUGUGUGUGUGGCCUGUGCUCCUUGGCCAAGGCACUCCUUUAUUUUCUAGAGACAGCUGCAACUUGGAAGAGAUAUAAGCAUCAGUUUGUGCUACCUGGAGGUGCCCAUGGAUGGACAGCCUGUCCCAUCUGGAGGUGACAAGGGCUGGGUUAUGGGGUGCACUGUGAGGACAGCAUGUGCUGGACAGUCUUUUGUUUGUCUGUUUUGCUUUAUCACAAAAGCAGUGAGGUAAAACAGGUGAUUUUUCUUGUUAUGGGAUGUGCCUGAGGGGGCACCUUGGCUUCCUGAAUGGGUGAGUGCCACCCACUGUGGCAAUAGAGUGACACUGUGCCCUAUGUAUGCAUAUAGCCACUUAUUUUAAGUCCUGACAUAUAUUGGUACUAGAGCUAUGUUUCUAACUGUGAUGUGAGUACUGUGUACCCAGCAGAGAAUGCUGCAGUAAACACAAUGCUCACCCAAGGGCUCAGCCCCACUGCAGUGCCUCUUUCUGUGCCCAGCAGAGCAGUGCCACAGGGAUGUGGGAUGGUUCAUGGGCUCAGCCAAGUGGAAAGAUGGCAGCAAAAAGGGAGAGAUAUGUCCUGGAGGAUCCUUGUGGAGUGCCCUGGUAAUGGCCAUUUGAACCAGUGUCUCUAUCCAAUUUCAUGCACAGUUAAUUUGGGAGGUAAUUCACGAGUUGGGCUGCUUGGCUGUGACAAGCAGGUGGACACCGGUGUCACCCUUAUUUAUGGGCUGAUUUCUUUGUGUCACCCACAGUGCCUGCAGUUCCCAGGAGAAGGAGGAGGAAGGGCCACGUCCUCACAGUAGGGGUGACACACUGGGUGUUUGGGCAGCAUGGUUGGGGACUCCAGCUUGAGUCUGGGAUAUUAAUUAAAAACAAAAGUUGGGUGCAGGAUGGGGGGGGCACAGCCAUGUCAUAUUCUUGCCCCCAGUAGGAACAGGGAUGCUCUCGCUGCAUUUUGGUGGCUGGGUUUUGUGAGCCCGUUUGUUAUCCCUGUAAAUAGCUUUAACCAAACCUUGGUGACUUGCUACAUAACCUUGGGUUAAACCAUCAUUGCAGACAGCUUUGGAAACCUAAUAUUUGCGUUCAUCUUUGUAGGUGUUUGCCUAUUUAAUGCAAAACCUGUUUUACAUACCAAUACCCCACUAUGUCUUGGAGCAGGGAAGGAACACAAGCUUUUCAGCUUCUUCCCAGAGCAUGUGAGUGAUUCCCAGUGCUGAAAUGGGGGAGGCAGGGAAGCAGUGGGGCCAGGCUGGGGUCACGUCCUGCCUUUGGGCUGUGACAGCUCCAGCAGCACCCCAUUAUCAUUGUUACCCCUUUAAUAUGGUCCCAGAAUGGUUCUUUAGGAAAGAGAAAGGAGAAACUGACAGUCCUUCCCCCAUGCUUGUGUCACCCCAACAUGUUUUCUAUCAGAUGGAAUCUGGCGAACGCUCUGUUCUGCUGAUUAAAAUAGGAGUUAUUAAUGACAGCAGUGGGCUCAGCUGUGGACUGGGAGUGCUGAGCAUCCCACCCGACUCCCACUGCAGCUCCAUGUGUUGUGAUUGGGAUCUGGCACACAUGCACCGGGUGCAUUUGUGGGUGAAGGCUUUAUGUCUGCACACAGCAGGAGAGAUCCAGGAGCUGGGACACAAACCCCCAGCCCUUGGACGCCUUGGACCCUCUUCACCAUUCCUGGAUUACUGUCUAUGUACCACUGAACCCACAAUCUCCAUCCCUUGGGAUUCCCCCAUCUUUAUCUCUGUGUUGCAAGUUCCCAUCCCAUCCCUGGGACCUUCAGUCACCACCCCUAGCACCCUUUAUGCUCCCUCCCCACUUUCUCCCAUCUCCCCAUAACUUCAGGGGCUGGAUCUCAUUUCACGCAACCAUUUGGGAAAUUACUUGCAGAAUAUACCAAAAUCAUUUCUGUAGAACACAUUACCGUCCUUUAAUGACUGCUCUUUUUCAAUUAGCUGUCACAGCUUCGAAAUAAAGCUGUGCUUUACUUCGCUAAUAAAUCACACCCUUUAUUUGGAAAUGGAUUUAAGGAAAGGGGGAAAAAAAAGAGAAUAAACAUGCUAUCAUCUCCCUUUCCCCAGUGCCAGGCGGGCUGGAGCCACGUUUAAAUUAUCCCCAGUGCAUUCAGGCAGAUCAUCAACAGUAAAUUUUACAGAAAAUAGUAAAAACGAUAAAUAAACAUGCUGCUUUUGUAGGA